GAAGCCGAGCGCGGCCGCUCUGCUCUCGUCUGCUCCUCCCCGCCCCCAGCUUCGGCGCCGCGACUGACGGAGCGCCGCGGCCUCCAUUUUCCCUGGAGCGGCCGCGGGGAGGCAGUGCCACUUACAACUGCAGCCAUGUCUGACUUCGUGGAAAGCGAAGCUGAGGAAUCCGAGGAGGAAUACGACGAAGACGGGGGAGUACUUCCAAGGCCAACCAAAAAGUUUGCGGAAGAUGAAGACGAGGAGGAAGAAGAGGAGAACCUGGAUGACCAGGAUGAGCAAGGGAACCUGAAAGGGUUCAUCAAUGAUGAUGAUGACGAGGAGGAGGAGGAGGAGGAAGAGGCCAGUGAUUCAGGAGACUCGGAGGACGACGUUGGCCGUAAAAAGAGGAAACGCAAUUUUGACGACCGGCUUGAGGAUGACGACUUUGACCUCAUUGAAGAAAACCUGGGCGUCAAAGUUAAACGCCAAAAAUUCAGGCGGGUACGGAAGAUGUCAGACGACGAGGACGACAAGGAGGAAGAUUACGGGAAGGAGGAGCAUGAGAAGGAAGCCAUUGCAGAAGAAAUCUUCCAGGAUGGGGAAGGCGAGGAAGGGGGUGAUGGGACCGACGGUCACCUUGCCACAGCCGAGGAUGAGGAUGAUGAAGAGGAAGAUGAGUCUGACAUCGAUGACUUCAUUGUGGAUGACGAUGGGCAGCCGCUGAAGAAGCCCAAAUGGAGGAAGAAGCUCCCUGGAUACACAGACGCGGCCUUGCAAGAAGCUCAGGAGAUCUUUGGCGUGGACUUCGACUACGAUGAGUUUGAGAAGUACAACGAGUACGAUGAGGAGAUGGAGGAUGAGUACGACUACGAGCCCGAAGAGACGGAAGGUGAGAUCCGUGCCCGGCCCAAGAAGACGGCCAAGAAGCGGGUCAGUCGCCGCAGCAUUUUCGAGAUGUAUGAGCCCAGCGAGCUCGAGAGCAGCCACCUGACCGACCAGGACAACGAGAUCCGGGUGACCGACAUGCCUGAGAGGUUCCAACUGCGCUCCAUUCCCGUGAAGAACGCCGAAGACGACGAGCUGGAAGAAGAAGCCGACUGGAUCUACAGGAACGCCUUCGCCAUGCCCACCAUCUCCCUUCAGGAGAGUUCUGAUUACUUGGACCGUGGCCAGAGCAGCAGCAGCUUCAGUCGCAAGGGGCCCAGCACCAUCCAGAAGAUCAAAGAAGCCCUUAACUUCAUGAGGAACCAGCAUUUUGAGGUCCCCUUCAUAGCCUUCUACCGGAAGGAGUACGUGGAGCCCGAGCUGCACAUCAAUGACCUCUGGAGAGUCUGGCAGUGGGACGAGAAGUGGAGCCAGCUGAAGAUCCGCAAGCAGAACCUGACCCGCCUCUUCGAGAAGAUGCAGGCCUACCAGUACGAACAGAUCUCUGCUGACCCAGACAAGCCCCUGGCCGAUGGGAUCAGGGCCCUGGACACCACCGAUAUGGAGAGGCUGAAGGACGUGCAGUCGAUGGACGAACUGAAAGACGUGUAUAACCACUUCUUGCUCUACUACGGCCGAGACAUCCCCAAAAUGCAGAACGCAGCCAAAGCCAACCGCAAGAGGCACAAGCGGGUCCGCGAGGACGGCGAAGAGGAGGAAGGCGAGGGAGACGAUGCCGAGGAUGAAGAGCAGAAAGGGCCGGAGCUCAAGCAGGCCUCGCGUCGGGACAUGUAUACCAUCUGCCAAACGGCAGGCCUAGAUGGCCUGGCAAAGAAGUUUGGGCUGACGCCGGAGCAGUUUGGGGAGAAUCUGCGGGACAGCUAUCAGCGCCACGAGACCGAGCAGUUCCCGGCAGAGCCCCUGGAACUGGCCAAGGAUUACGUGUGCAGCCAGUUCCCUACCCCCGAAGCUGUGCUGGAAGGGGCCUGCUACAUGGUGGCGCUGCAGAUUGCCCGCGAGCCUUUGGUCCGGCAGGUGCUGCGGCAGACCUUUCAGGAACGGGCCAAGAUCAACGUCGCCCCCACCAAAAAGGGCAAGAAGGACGUGGAUGAAGCCCAUUAUGCCUACUCCUUCAAGUACCUGAAGAACAAGCCCGUCAAGGAGCUGCGAGACGACCAGUUCCUGAAGAUCUUCCUGGCCAAAGAGGAGAACCUCCUCACCGUCGACAUCUGCGUCGACAUGAAGGGCGUCGAGGGUUACGGAAAUGACCAGACCUACUUCGAAGAGAUCAAGCCCUUCUACUACCGGGAUGAGUUCAGCCACCAGGUGCAGGAGUGGAACCGUCAGCGGACGCUGGCCAUCGAGCGGGCCCUCCGCCAGUUCCUCUACCCACAGAUGGCCAAGGAGCUGAUGAACAAGCUCUUGGUGGAGGCCAAGGAGUUUGUCACGAAGGCUUGCAGUCGGAAGCUGUACAACUGGCUCAAGGUGGCCCCGUAUCGCCCGGACCAGCAAGUGGAGGAAGACGAGGACUUCAUGGACGAGAACCAGGGGAAGGGCAUCCGCGUGCUGGGCAUAGCCUUCUCCUCUGCGAGAAAUCACCCUGUCUUUUGUGCCCUGCUGAACGGGGAAGGUGAGGUCACCGAUUUCCUGCGUCUGCCACAUUUCACCAAGCGGAGGAACGCCUGGCGAGAGGAGGAGAGGGAGAGGAAGGCUCAGGAUGUUGAGACCCUGAAGAAGUUCCUGCUCAGCAAGAAACCGCACGUGGUCACCAUUGCAGGAGAAAACAGGGACGCGCAAAUGCUGAUGGAGGAUGUGAAGCGCAUUGUCCACGAACUGGAACAGGGGCAGCAGCUUUCCUCAAUCGGCGUGGAGUUGGUGGACAAUGAACUGGCCACUCUUUACAUGAACAGCAAGAAAUCCGAGAACGAGUUCCGGGACUACCCGCCGGUCCUGCGCCAAGCCGUCUCCCUCGCUCGCCGCAUCCAGGACCCGCUGGUUGAGUUUGCUCAGGUCUGCAGCUCUGACGAAGACAUUCUCUGCCUCAAGCUCCACCCCCUGCAGGACCACGUGGUGAAGGAAGGCCUGCUGAACGCCCUCUACUGCGAGUUCAUCAACCGCGUGAACGAGGUGGGCGUGGAUGCCAACCGCGCCAUCGCCCACCCGCACAGCCAGGCCCUCCUGCAGUACGUCUGUGGCCUGGGGCCCCGCAAGGGGACUCACUUGCUGAAGAUCUUGAAGCAGAACAACACGAGGCUAGAGAACCGGACCCAGCUGGUCACCAUGUGCCACAUGGGGCCCAAAGUCUUCAUCAACUGUGCUGGGUUCAUCAAGAUUGACACAGCCUCGCUGGGAGACAGCACGGAUUCCUACAUCGAGGUCCUGGAUGGGUCCAGGGUGCAUCCGGAGACAUACGAAUGGGCUAGGAAAAUGGCGGUCGAUGCCCUGGAGUACGAUGAGUCGGCUGAAGAUGCCAAUCCAGCUGGUGCCCUGGAGGAGAUCCUGGAAAACCCGGAACGUCUGAAGGAUCUGGACCUCGAUGCCUUUGCAGAGGAGCUGGAGAGGCAGGGCUACGGCGACAAGCACAUCACCCUGUACGACAUCCGGGCUGAGCUGAGCUGCCGCUACAAGGACCUGCGGAGCCCCUACCGGUCUCCCAAUUCCGAGGAGGUCUUCAACAUGCUGACCAAAGAGACACCCGAAACCUUCUACAUAGGGAAACUGAUCAUCUGCAACGUGACGGGAAUCGCCCAUCGGCGGCCACAGGGCGAGAGCUACGACCAGGCCAUCAGGAACGACGAGACAGGCCUCUGGCAGUGCCCCUUCUGUCAGCAGGACAACUUCCCUGAGCUGAGCGAGGUCUGGAACCAUUUUGAUAGCGGCUCCUGCCCUGGCCAGGCCAUUGGGGUGAAAACCCGACUGGACAACGGGGUCACCGGUUUUAUCCCCACCAAAUUCCUCAGCGACAAGGUGGUCAAACGGCCAGAGGAAAGAGUCAAGGUGGGGAUGACUGUCCAUUGCAGGAUCAUGAAGAUUGACAUUGAGAAGUUCAGUGCUGAUCUGACCUGCCGAACCUCAGACCUUAUGGACAGGAGUAACGAGUGGAAGCUGCCCAAGGACGCCCACUAUGACUUUGCGGCCGAGGCUGCCGAUCACAAGCAGGAAGAAGAAGUGAAGAGGAAGCAGCAGCGGACAACAUACAUCAAGCGCGUGAUUGCUCACCCGUCCUUCCACAACAUCAACUUCAAGCAGGCCGAGAAGAUGAUGGAGACCAUGGACCAAGGCGAUGUCAUUAUACGGCCCAGUAGCAAAGGGGAGAACCAUCUGACGGUCACCUGGAAAGUGUGCGACAACAUCUACCAGCACGUGGACGUGCGGGAGGAAGGCAAGGAGAAUGCGUUCAGCCUGGGGGCCACGCUCUGGAUCAACACCGAAGAGUUUGAGGACCUGGAUGAGAUCGUAGCCCGCUACGUCCAGCCGAUGGCCUCCUUCGCCCGGGAUCUGCUCAGCCACAAAUAUUACCAGGAGUGCAGCGGAGGAGACAGGAAGAAACUGGAGGAAUUGCUGAUCAAGACCAAGAGGGAGAAGCCGGCCUUCAUCCCCUACUUCAUCUGCUCCUGCAAGGACCUUCCAGGCAAAUUCCUGCUGGGCUACCAACCACGAGGCAAGCCAAGAAUUGAGUACGUGACGGUGACUCCUGAAGGAUUCCGGUACCGCAACCACAUCUUCCCCACGGUCAAUGGACUUUUCCGGUGGUUCAAGGACCACUACCAGGACCCUGUGCCAGGGGUCACUCCCAGCAGCAGCAGCAGAACCAGGACGCCCGCAUCCAUCAACGCGACUCCCGCCAACAUUAACCUUGCAGAUCUGACCCGCGCCGUGAACGCCUUGCCACAGAACAUGACUUCUCAGAUGUUCAGCGCCAUCGCUGCCGUGACAGGCCAGGGGCAAAAUGCCAAUGCCACCCCUGCCCAGUGGGCUUCCAGCCAAUAUGGCUAUGGGGGCAGUGGCGGCGGGAGCAGCGCGUACCACGUCUUCACCACGCCCGCCCAGCAGCCGGUGGCCACCCCUUUGCUGACCCCCAGCUACUCCUACGCCACCCCGAGCCAGCCCAUCACGACCCCCCAGUACCACCAGCUCCAGGCCAGCACCACCCCGCAGUCCACCCAGUCCCAGCCGCAGUCCCAGCCUUCCUCCAGUUCUGGGCAGAGGCAGCAGCCAAAGUCCAGCUCCGGUGCCAGCUCCCACGCGCCCAUCGACUGGGGCAAGAUGGCCGAACAGUGGCUGCAGGAGAAGGAGGCCGAGCGCCGGAAGCAGAAGCAGCGCCUGACCCCUCGCCCGUCGCCCAGCCCCAUGAUCGAGAGCACACCCAUGUCUGUGGCGGGCGACGCCACCCCGCUCUUGGACGAGAUGGACCGGUAGUCCUCCCCAGCCCGUCUCCAGCAGGAGCAGCAAAGCCGGCCCUCCUUCCUCAGCCACGCCACUCCGUCUUUUUCCUUUUUGCUUCACGCCAAGCGGAAGAGGUGUGCCAGGGACACCAGGCAGUGCCCUCCACGGGGAGCGGAGACUCAAGCCCGCACGAUUCUUGGCACAGAGGCUGCCCUGCUACUGGGCGGGUGGCGUUCGGACAGGCCGAGGUGCUCGUGUGUUGCUGGGCCCUGCGCCCCCACGCCCAAUCCCAGCUGCCCAGCCUUCGCCCUCGAGUUCCACGGCUGCCUGGCUGUGCAGUUGCACAGACACAAACUGGCAAGGCCAGGAGUGAUGUGAGAAGACCAUCUGAUCUCCCUCUCUCUCUCCCUCUCCCUCUCCCUCUCCCUCUCCCUCUCCCUCUCUCCCUCGCUCUUCUGUGCUCAGUGGCUGUGAUGAUGUUCGGGGGGCUUUGCUGUGUGAGCUCUGAAGAGAACGUAGCCUCUGCCAUAAGCCGGGUUUCUCUGGUGCUCUCCAGGACAAUAUUUAUUCAGUUGUAUUGCUAGAAAGGAAAGAAAAAAGCUGGAAAGCUGAACCCGGUCAGUGGCAGCCUUUGUGAACGAGCGAGGUGGGGGAGUCUGCUGCAGCGGCUUGGAUGCCAAAUAGCGUCUCUCUCCCCCCCCCAUGUCCCCUUCCAACAGCAAAAGAGGGAAUAAAUGGUGUUUCUACC